GGCUCCAAGGGAAGCUGGGCGGCCGUGGCUGCUGCGAGCAGGCCGAGUACCGCCUCGCAGACGGGGCUUCCCUUAGUGCUGGCCAAGGCGGGGCCGCUGUCCCUGCGGCCGCAGUGUCUGGACCCGCAGCGGGGCAGGUGCCGGCAGCGAGGACCGUAGUCUGAGCUGUACAACGCAGAAGCCGAGAAAGCUAGCGCCCCCGGCUGCACCUCUUGAAGCUGGGGACAGAUUUGAGAGGAAGAGCGGCUCAUAGAGGUCCUCCAGCUCCUGCCGUCUUUGAAGUCAAGGGUUUUUAUUUGUUCGGUCAGUUGUGCUUCGUUUCUGCCUUUGGUUCCUUCCCCCACACUCUUGGGACCCUGUUCUAGUGAACCGCUGCACCCAGAUCUCAUUAUGCAUCAGAAAAAUGAAAAAACAGAGGAAAAGUCUAUGGAGGAAAGGAAUCCACUUAGCCUUUUCUGAGAAAUGGAACACUGGGUUUGGAGGCUUUAAGAAAUUCUACUUUCACCAACACUUGUGCAUUCUGAAAGCCAAGUUGGGAAGGCCAGUUACGUGGAGCAGGCACUUGAGGCAUUUCCAGUGCAGAAAGAAGGCCCUUCAAAUCCAGAAAACGUGGAUCCAGGAUGAACCGCUCUUUGCUAAGACAAACUCCAGUGUGGCUGCUCAAAAUGUUAGUACGUUGUCCUCUAAAGUGAAAAGAAAGGACGCUAAACACUUCAUUUCCUCCUCAAGGACCCUCCUGAAACUCGAAGCAGAAAAGUUGCUGUCAUCAGCCAAGAACUCUGACCAUGAAUACUGCGGAGAGAAAAGUUUCUUGAAGGCAGUUGCUGACUUGCCAGCAAAUAGUGUUUUAGGUCAGGCCAGUGGUCACAGACCUAGGACAGAGCCACAAGCUUCUGACUUUCCCAUGACGUUCAAUGGGGAGAGCCAAAGUCCAGGUGAGAGCGGCACGAUUGUAGUCACCUUGAGCAACCAUAAGAGAAAGCGCUUUUGUUAUGGCUGCUACCAAGGGCUGGAGCAACACGGGAAUGGGGGACCCCUGAUUCCAAAAAAGUUCCAACUUAGCCAACAUAGAAGAAUAAAAGUAUCUCCUCUUAUGAUGUAUGAGAAAUUAUCCAUGAUUAGAUUUCGGUACAGGAUUCUCAGAUCCCAGCACUUCAGAACAAAAAACAAAGUUUGCAAGCUAAAAAAAGCCCAGCAGAGCUGGGUGCAGGUCACUGGGGACCAUCAAGAGACCCUGAGGGAGAAAGGUGAGGGUGGCAGUUGCAGCCCAUUUCCUUCCCCAGAACCUAAAGACCCUUCUUGUCGGCAUCAACCAUACUUCCCAGAUAUGGACAGCAAUGCUGUGGUGAAGGGAACGAACUCUCAUGUGCCUGAUGGCCACACUAAAGGAAGCCCUUUCUUGGGCAAAGAGCUUAGUUUAGAUGAAGCAUUCCCUGACCAACAGAAUGGCAGUGCCACAUACUCCUGGGACCAGUCGCCCUGCUCCUCUCCUAAGUGGGAGCGUACAGAGCUGAUUCAUGACAUCCCUUUACCAGAAAACCAUUCUAGUAACACGUUUAUCUCGGAAACUGAAAGAGAACUUAUGACUCUGGGUCAGGAAAAUCGGACAAGUGUUGUGAAUGAUGACAGAGUAAAACUAUCCGUGUCUGGGACAGAUCAGUCUGUGAGUAGUGUAGACGGGCCUGUAUCCGAAGAGACUGUUCCAAAUGAGAGCUCCUGCCACAUGGAUGAGGAUGGAUCUCUCAAGCAGAACAUUCUUAGUUCUAAGUUGCUGGACCACCCUUACUGUAAAAGUCCACUGGAGGCUCCUCUGAUGUGCAGUGGACUCAAACUAGAGAAUCAAAUGGGAGGUGGGAAGAACAGUCAAAAAGCAUCUCCAGUGGAUGAUGAACAGCUGUCAAUCUGCCUUUCUGGAUUCUUAGAUGAGGUUAUGAAGAAGUAUGGCAGUUUGGUCCCACUCAGUGAAAAAGAUGUCCUUGGAAGAUUAAAAGAUGUCUUUAAUGAAGACUUUUCUAAUAGAAAACCAUUUAUCAAUAGGGAAAUAACAAACUAUCGGGCCAGACAUCAAAAAUGCAACUUCCGAAUCUUCUACAAUAAGCACAUGCUGGAUAUGGAUGAUCUAGCGACCCUGGAUGGUCAGAAUUGGCUGAAUGACCAGGUCAUUAAUAUGUAUGGUGAGCUGAUAAUGGAUGCAGUCCCAGACAAAGUUCACUUCUUCAACAGCUUUUUUCAUAGACAGCUGGUAACCAAAGGAUACAAUGGAGUAAAAAGAUGGACUAAAAAGGUGGAUUUGUUUAAAAAGAGUCUUCUGUUGAUUCCUAUUCACCUGGAAGUCCACUGGUCUCUCAUUACUGUGACACUCUCUAAUCGAAUUAUUUCAUUUUAUGAUUCCCAAGGCAUUCAUUUUAAGUUUUGUGUAGAGAAUAUAAGAAAGUAUUUGCUGACUGAAGCCAGAGAAAAAAAUAGACCUGAGUUUCUUCAGGGUUGGCAGACUGCUGUUACAAAGUGUAUUCCGCAACAGAAAAAUGACAGUGACUGUGGAGUCUUUGUGCUCCAGUACUGCAAGUGCCUCGCCUUAGAGCAGCCUUUCCAGUUUUCCCAAGAAGACAUGCCCCGAGUGCGGAAGAGGAUUUACAAGGAGCUAUGUGAGUGCCGGCUCAUGGACUGAAACUCAGCAGGGACUCUGGGAUGUCUGACCAAGUUGGAGCAGAUGGUUUGUUACUUGAAUCUCCAAACACUUAUUUGAAUUUUUACAGAUAUUUCACAUCAGUGGUGUUGGGCCACUAUUGUUACCUCAAAUUUAUUUUUUGCCCUUAUUCAUUUCUCUAGCUACCAUGUACUAUUUUUUAAUGUUCACUUUGGUUUCAUUUUUAUUUUUAUGGAUUCCGCGUGUUCCCCCCCCAUAUUUAAUAUUUAUUAUCCAAACGCAUGCAUAUAGACAGAGCAUGCAAUGCAGAGUAUUAAAAAAAAUGCCUAGUAGAUUUGGUGCAGCUUUUGAAACUUAGUUAGACGUGAACUGAAUGCAGGUUUAAAAUUUAAUCCCAGAACCUAAAAAUACAAGAUGUUUUUGAUACAACAUAACUCUGAGAAUAGUAGAUGUUCCCUGGGGCAUAAAGGGUAGCUUGGGGUGGUUCUGACAAAGCCAGUCCUGUUUUACUUCUACCAGCAGCACCUUUCACUGACUUCCCUCUCCAAGUGAGUCUUGGAGAGUGAGCUGCAUUCCUUUUGAAGGCUGAGAAGGAAGUGGCCAUAAACUGACUGGUGUGUUCUGUUUAUGGAGGCACACUUGUAGGCACAGUGCCUGCUUUGGGAAGAGUUGACUAAGGUUGAGAACAAGACAAUGAUCUUGAGGGUCUUGUUAUCUUAACACGAGAGAUUUCAAUCUUGGUUUUAAGAAUAAUUAUAAUAAAUGCCUAAAUCUUAUAAAUGCUAUUGCUGGAACAUUGAAUUCCCUAGAUUUUUCUGUUUUUGAUCCAUUAAAAAAUUAAUAUCCAUCAAACUAGUGGUCAAACAAAUGAGAAUUCGGCCUUUCUAAGAGUAAUAUACAAGUUGUCACUUCCUGUGUGUUGUCUUCCAUAUGGAAGAAAUUUAAGACUUGCCAAAUACCUUUCUAUUUCAAGGGUAUUUAAAAUACAAACAUUCAAAACUGAAGACUGACUUUAGGUCUUUUGCAGAUGGGUGGGGAGGAGAGAAGAGGAAAGGUUAAUAAAGAAAAGUUGAUUCUGCGUGAGUACAGCAGAUGCUUCCUCUUGUCUCUUUCGUGAUCUAGGAACAUACAGGGCUCCUGAUUUGGCUUCUGCUUGACCAACCCUGAGACUCCAGCACAGGGAGUCCUUCUUUUGCUUCUGUGGACCUCAUCUUGUAGGGAAAGGCAGAAGUAGCCCUGUCCUUACACUUAGCUGCAUUAGGACUAAAAGAAUGGAUUUUGCAUCUUUAAUCUAGCUUUUUGUGAUAUUUGAAAGGAAAGGAAAUAAGGAAAGAUGCAUGUUAAACUCCCAAAUUACCUUUUCUGAACUGGGGCAGGAAAAACAAUAAAUGUGUAUAUGAGAAACUCAGAAGCUUGUACAGAAAAAUAUCAAGUAAAUGGCAAAAGAUAUUUGGAUUUAUGCCUAGUUAGGUGUGGGGUGUUGGAAAUAAAAAGCUAAAGUAUGCAGUUUAACUUGGCCAUAAGGUGAGGCUGGCUGCCAGCAGUUGAGAGUGGAGUCAGGAUGUGUUUACAUGCAGGGUUCCCAUCCCCAGACAUUCCAAGCACCAACACCAGUGUUUACGUUGUAAACAGUCCCAGCACUUUCCUCAGUCCCCCAGACGCAGACUCCUUGGUAUAAAACCAGGUCAGUAUUUCUUGGUGUGCUUCAGGUUAUUAAAAAGACUGAGAUUAGAGGCACUUUAUGCUGCUACAGGUAGGGUUGUGUCAGCAUUAGGAAAGAUGACAAUUUAAAGUGGGGAGGAUGUCUUCUUGAGGUUUUCAGACAUAAUUCUGCAAACAUGAGAUUUUUCAAAUCUGUAUGUGAGACAUUUGCCUAACUUUUUUUUUUUUUUUGUAGCUAUAUGAAGUAGCCAGUAACUAGGCUAUCAAUUCAAAAUGUCUUACACUUUAGAGCUCCGUAUCUCACUUCCUCACUGACAGAACCAGGCAUGCGGACGAGACUGAAAGAACCGUGUUCUGGCAAGAAUCUCAAUGCCCAAAGUUUGAGUUGCCAUUUCCUCCAAUGUGAGAAAUGGUCAUCCUCUGAGCACUGAGGCAUGCAUGGAUGAACAUAGAGAACCUAAAAUGCGCUGUCCAAGUCUAGUUUCUCUUUUAUUACAGGGCACCUUGAGGUGCACUGUCCAGCAUGCUUUACCCUAAAUGUUAAGUACUUUUAAGUUUGGUUAAAAUGUCGCUCAUGACACUUGGUUUUAACACGGUCAUUUUCCCCCUCCUCUUGUGAUUAGGUGUAAACCUCUAUUCAGCCCAAGUCCUCCGUUAGAAUGGCCUUUGUCCUGAUGUUUGCAAUAAUUGCUUCCUUGCAACGAAGACAUUUUUGAAAUAUACUCUAGGCUGUUGGUAGAAGAGACAGGCAUUGUUUCACUGUCACUAGCUUGGCACUGAGUUGUUUUGAUGCCCACAAGAUGGGCAGACCUUAUGCUUUUUAGGGUUGAGUGCAGGCCUUGUACAAACUAAAAGCUACUUAUGAUGUGCCUUCAACAAGCUGCCCAGUCCUCUCCAUCAGCAAACUUACCAGUCUGUAGUUGCUUCUUUCCAGUGACUUUUCCUUUUCCUUUUGUUAAAUCUGUAGCAAUGAAUCUAGAUUUAAUUCAACUUUUAGUUAAGGUCUCUGAAGAAUCGUAGAGAACAAGCCUUCUCAUAAGGAAGGGAAAAGAAGCAGUUGCUGCCAGUAAUCCCCAAAUCACUUUUUUGGCUUUGCAUUGUAUUUUCUACUUAUCACUGAAUACUGGUAACACUGGUCAUCUUGAAUUCAUAGUUGGAACAAAACAAUAACAGACCUAACUGGGACACAGCCAGCACUAGCCUAAGUUGAGCUGCCCUUUUUCUCUAUGGUUGUGGUUCACUGCUUCCCUGGGUUAGAAGAGAGAACUGGGAGCUCUGAAUGGAUCAGAUCCUUCAGGCGAGAAACUGUAUUAAUAGUGUGAAUUAGAUAAGCUGACUGCCUGCUCUGUUUAAUCUGUUAAGAAACUGAACUAAUCAGCAGCUAUAAAGCACAUACUUUGUUAUGUGCAAGGCUGUGCCUCCUGGCCUGUAGAUAAUUAAGACGACCCAGGGAAUACCAUCAGAGAAUUGCUAACUGUAUUUGGGUGUUACAAAAGCAGACCUGGACAAGCUGUUCACUUAAAUGGUACCUUUUGGUCAGAAAAAGAAUUUAUUUAAAGAUUGUGAUGAUGUAAAAUUACUCAAACCUUCUAGCAAAAAUAUUUUUUUGAAAAAUAAACUAAAUGCCUUUAUAAA